AUGAGAGAACCGAAAUCAACAAUUCAUCGCUCAAUUUUUUGCCUCCUCCUUCUGCUGACGCUGGGAACAUCUAAAAGAGUUGACAUCCUCUCGACGUCCGGCGAAAAAGUUGAGCUGAAAUGGGAAGUUCGAUCGUAUCACGACACGGACACGUGGAACGAGGAGACGUAUUCGGGGCAAAACAACUCAAACGAACGAGCCUACGUAUCAUGCAAUCUCAACGAGGAACUCGUCGACAAUUGGCUCUUCACUCCACUUCGCGAUUCUGGAAAUGCUAACCGGGUUCAUAUCUACACGAAUUAUUCGCUUCGAGAUUGUAGCAACGCCGGGAAAUACUGUAAAGAGACAUUUGGUCUUUAUUACAAACUCGUCCCAAAAGGAGCAUCCGAUUCAUUGAUCGGAUUUAAUCCGAACAAAUCUGAUUGGAAGUUGUUGAGUCGUUUAACUGGCGGAGAGCGAAUGCGUGGGAAUGGAUUGAUGAAGAAUGAAGAGAUUCAAACGGUGGCCGUUGAUGGUUCGAAUGUUCGCUUCGCAUUUCGUGACACCGGUGCCUGUGUUUCGAUCUUGGCUGUUAAGAUUUACUACGAACUUUGUGCUGAGGACACGAUUGGAUUUGCCACUUUCCCCGAAACGCCGACAGCCUCUCGGGUUUUUGAGACCGUUGAUGUAAAAGGACGAUGCGUGGCUCAUGCUGAACCGAUUCGAGAGGGCUCACCACCAAUGGGAAUGUGUCGCGGAGAUGGGCAAUGGAAAACGGCCAUCGAUGGGGAGUGUCAAUGUAAAGCCGGAUACUUUCCAAAUGCUGGCAACCGAUGCAUAGAAUGUCCGCGAAACACCUACAAGCAGCGAGCCGGAGACGGUGAAUGUCGGAAAUGCCCGGAUUACACAAGCAGUGAGGCUGGCGCCAUUUCGUGUAGAUGUUUGCCUGGAUACUUCCGAGCUACCACUGAAGGACCUUCAAAUGCUUGUUCAAAGCCACCCUCUAAACCAUCACGGCCUCGGACAAUUGAAGUGAACCAAAACAGUGUCACGAUCGAUUGGGAGACACCAAUUAAUCUCGGUGGACGAAAAGAGUUGUGGUACAGAUGGGAAUGCAUUCAAGAACUCUCGAGAAGUUGCCCAAGCACCGUCCGAGCAAUUCCAUCCGAUGCAAAACUUUCUUCUCGUCAUCUCAAACUGACUGGACUCAAUCCGAACACACACUACACUAUGAAAUUAUUUGCUGAAAAUGAGGUCUCUCAAGUCUCCUUAUCUGAAACAUCGUGGUCGUCGGUAGAGUUUUCUACAUUGCCAAUCGGAGCCCACACUGUCAGCAAUCUUUUAAUCGAACUUGAGCAAAAUGAUGGAGUCACAAUAUCUUGGCAAUCACCCGCCGUCGCUAAAGGCUCUCUCGAUUAUGAAGUGGAAAUUCAAGAAAAUGGAACUCGUAGUGGCGUAUAUCCGACUCAAGACACCUACUACAAUAUUGGCUCUCUUCAACCAAACUCAAGAUAUGAAUUUCGGGUUCGUGCGAAUAUCGAUGGCUGGGGUGAAUGGAGUUUGCCACUCUUUUACAAUCAACGAAAUGGACAUGUAAAUGCUGAGAUUUCUCGUGAUGGUCACCCUGGAGGAAUCACCGAACUUUCGAUAUGGGUUUUGGUUUUACUCAUUCUUGUCUUGAUGGUCUUUAUCGUGUUCUUGGUUUUCCUUUGCCGACGUCGUUCGAUCAAUCGAAAACAAAUGAGUGAUCUCGAUGUGUUAGAUACAUACAAACAAGACACAAUGACGCCCGACUAUCCACCCGGACUUCGUAGUUUCCCUCAACAAACGACCACAACCGUCUCUUGCUUUGGAAGUUCGCCGACGAAAGUGAGUGCUCCAUUGAUCCCUACAUAUGGUUCGAGUUCACCGCACGCUUUGGGACACUAUGGAACAAACUUCAGACCCUACGUUGAUCCAGCUACAUAUGAGGAUCCUAAUCAAGCUUUGGUGGAGUUUACGUACGAUAUUGAUCCACAAGCCAUCUACAUCACUUCUGUUAUUGGAGGAGGCGAGUUUGGUGAUGUCUGCAUGGGUCAUCUUGAUCGAGCUCUAGCUAACGUUGGAGCUGCAGAAAAACAGAUUGAAACAGUUGCCAUAAAGACCUGCAAGCCUGGCAGUUCACCAAAAGCAAAAGCCGAUUUUCUCCUCGAGGCCUCAAUUAUGGGACAAUUUGAACAUCCAAAUGUGAUACGACUGAUCGGAGUUGUCACAAAAGCUGAACCGGUGAUGAUUGUUACUGAAUAUAUGUCAAACGGAUCACUCGAUAACUUCUUGCGAUCUCGAGAUAUCAACAGAGAGCCUUUACAGUUGCCAAGAUUGAUGGAUAUGCUGAGGGGAAUCGCAGCUGGAAUGAAAUAUCUCACCGAUAAAGGCUAUGUGCACAGGGAUUUGGCUGCUCGAAAUGUUUUGGUCAGCUCAUCGCUCGUUUGCAAAAUUGCUGAUUUCGGUUUGUCACGGGGAGUUGAUAACUCGGCUGAACAGGAGUACACAACCAAUGGUGGAAAAAUUCCUGUGAGAUGGACAUCACCUGAAGCAAUCACCCACAGAAAAUUCACGGCCGCCUCCGAUGUUUGGUCUUUCGGUGUUGUGAUGUGGGAAGUGAUGUCGAUGGGCGAGCGACCUUAUUGGGAAUGGACGAAUCAAAAAGUUAUCUCCGAAGUUAUGCACGGAUAUCGAUUACCGGCUCCGAUGGACUGCCCAUUAGCGAUUCACAAGCUGAUGCUAUGGUGCUGGAAAAUGGAAAGGCACGAAAGGCCACCCUUCAGACAAAUACUGCAAAUCUUGGAGAGAUAUACGAGAAAUCCGGAAUUGGUACAUGCUGAGGGUCCACGGAGUGCAGCUUCUUUUCACAAUUUAUCCGGAAACUAUUCGUCCGCGGAACAUCAAACCCCUCCAUCUCAAAUCAUCAACGCAUACGCUGGAUCGCUGGAUGAUUUUUUGAGAGCUGCUGGUUUAUCACACCUCACCGAUCAACUUUAUCGAAGGGACGUCCGCACAGUCGCCGAUUUGGCCGAUCUCGAUCACUUUGAUUGUCUGGCACAAGGUUUAACGACGGACGAAUACCAUCGAAUACAGGAGAUGUUGAGUGGUUCUCUGCAAGGAGCUGAUGCAUCGAUUCGAAUAGCUCAUACGCAAACUCUUCCGCGUCAAUAUCGAGGUGGCUCAAAUGCGAGUAGGCAUCGAUCUCCGGCAAAUGGUCGCUCAUCAACGUUAGCCAGGAAUGCGGGCCCGUCGGCUGACAAUGGGUUCUUUGUA